GGGGUUCCUGUCUGGUGGAGAUGGCGGGACCCCGGUUGGUGCUUCUGUUCAGCGGAAAGAGAAAAUCCGGGAAGGACUUCAUCACCGACCGACUACAGGAGAGUCUCGGCGGUGACACGUGCGCCAUCCUGCGACUUUCUGGCCCGCUGAAGAAGCAGUUUGCCCAGGAACACGGCCUGGACUUCGAACGCCUGCUGGACGCCAGCGAGUACAAGGAAACCUACCGAGCCGCCAUGAUCCAGUGGGGAGAGGAGAAGAGGAACGCCGACCCCGGCUUCUUCUGCCGCCUCAUCGUGGAGGGCGUAUCCCAGCCCGUGUGGAUCAUUAGUGACACGCGGCGGAGGUCGGAUGUGGAGUGGUUCGUGUCAUCGUACGGUGUAGUGACCCAGACGGUGCGUGUGGUGGCUUCAGAGGAGACACGGAGGUCCAGAGGAUGGGUGUACACCCGGGAGGUGGACGACGCGGAGUCGGAGUGCGGCCUGGACACCGGUGUGACAUUUGAUUGGAUCAUCGCCAACGAAGGCGAUCAGAGCGCUCUGGACGAGCAGCUCGGCAAGCUGACGGCAUUCAUCCGGAGCAAGCUGACCACGGACGUAUGA